AUUAAAGUACUAGAAAGUGAAGCAAAGAACCAUCUUCCUUUUUGAUUGUCUUACCUUAACCAUGAAGAUGAUGAUGAUGGUUCAUGAUAUUCAUACCUUGUUCUUCUUCAUGGCCAUUCUCAAUCUUAACAUAGCUCUUUUGAGUUGUGUGUCAGCAACUGAAUUUGUGUAUAACAGAAACUUCAACUCCACAAACACCAAGCUCUAUGGAAAUGCCACAAUCCAAAACUCCAUUCUCUCUCUCACUAACCAAACUUACUUUUCCAUUGGCCGUGCCUUUUACCCUUUCAAGAUACCAAUGAAGAAACAAUCAAAUUCUACCCUUCUUCCCUUUUCAACCUCUUUCAUAUUCUCCAUUGCUCCUAUCAAGAACUUCCCCAUUGCUCAUGGCUUUGCUCUCUUCUUCACUCCUGUCAUGGCCAUCCAUGGUGAACUCUCAGGGAACUACAUGGGACUAUUUAACCGUUCCACAGCAGGUAACGCCUCAAACCAUGUAUUUGCCAUUGAGUUUGAUGAUUUUAGGAAUGAGGAGUUCAAUGAAUUGAAUGAUAACCAUGUUGGUGUUGAUGUGAAUUCAAUGAUGUCUGAGUAUUCUGAACCUGCUGGGUUUUGGGGUGGGAAAGAUGGUGAAACAAUGGAGGAAUUGAAGCUUGCUAGUGGUGAAAAUUAUCAGGUUUGGAUUGAGUUUGAUGGUUCACAUAUCAAUGUUACUAUGGCCAUAGCAGGGCAUAGGAAGCCUCAAAGGCCUUUGAUUCAUAAUAAGCCUAUUAACCUUUCUGGGGUUUUCUUGGAUGAGAUGUAUGUGGGGUUUUCUGGGGCAACAGGGAGAAUGGUUGAUGAGUGUAGAAUCUUGGCUUGGAGUUUUAGCAAUUCGAAUUUUUCGAUCGGUGAUGCCUUGCACACCAACCGUUUGCCUUUAUUCGUGCAUCCAAAGGCAUUGGUUUAUAGAUCAAAAUAUUUCAUUUUGGGGGUCAUUUUUGGUGGAUUGAUAGUUAUUGGUUGUGGUACUUUGGUGUUUAUGAGUUUAUUAUUAAGAUCCAAAGGAAAAAGAGGAGGGAAAGAUGAACAGGUUGAAGAUUGGGAAUUGGAAUAUUGGCCUCACAGAAUUAGCUAUGAAGAGAUUUGUGUUGCGACGAAUGGAUUCUCCGAGGAGAAUGUGAUUGGGAAUGGGACAAGUGGGAGAGUUUACAAGGGAGUGUUGAAAGGUGUAGAAGUCGCGGUUAAGAGAUUCAACCAUGAAACUCAGCAUGAGAUGAGAGAGUUUCUGGCAGAGAUCUCAAGCCUAGGGAGAAUGAAACACAGGAAUUUGGUUGGUUUCAGAGGGUGGAGCAAAAAAAAAGGAGGGAAAUUGAUCCUUGUAUAUGAUUAUAUGGGGAAUGAGAGCUUGGAUAAGAGAAUUUUCGAGUGUGAAGAUGACACCAUGAUACUCAGCUGGGAACUCAGGCUCAGUGUGCUUCAAAAUGUAGCUUGUGGAAUUUUGUACCUACAUGAAGGCUGGGAAUUCGAGGUCUUGCAUAGAGAUAUUAAAGCAAGUAAUGUACUACUCGACAAGGAUAUGAACGCACGAUUGGGAGAUUUCGGCCUAGCCAGGCUGCACCGACAGGAAAACGUGUCUGACACAACAAGAGUGAUUGGAACUCUGGGUUACAUGGCACCAGAGCUAGUCCGAAUUGGUCGACCAUCAACCGCUACUGAUGUGUACAGUUUUGGAAUAUUGAUCUUGGAAGUGGUGUGUGGGAGAAGGCCUAUUGUGGUAGAUAAACCUGCAUUGGUUGAUUGGGUAUUUUCCCUUAUGGAGAAAGGGCAAUUGAGUUUUGCCGUUGAUGAGAGGCUGAAGAAUCAAAGUGGUUUCAGCACUGAGGAAGUUGAGAGAGUGUUGCAUUUGGGUUUGUUAUGUGCAAGUUCAGACCCUGGUAUUAGGCCAGCAAUGAGGCAAGUGGUGAAAAUUUUGGAAGGAAUAAGAAACUGUGAUUGUAAUGAUUCAUGCAUCAAUAUGAGUCUUCUUGGGAAAAUAAACUCAGCGGCAUCAUGGUCUAGGAGUUCAACAAGUUCUGCCACUGUGAAUUAUCCUACUUUUGAUGAAAUUUUGCAGACUAAGUUCUAUUCCACAGCAUCUCAAAGCUUCUCUUAUCCAAGCCUACAACCAGAUUCUGAGUCAAUCUCAGAAGGAAGAUGAGAAUUGAAAUUGAGUCUAUCACCAUGUAGAGUGCUAGAAGCACUUGCCGCUGCUUUGUAAGUCUUUUGUAACACUGAAGGAUGAUGCUUCUUGUCAUCAAUUUCUGUAACAUAAUUUUUUUUUCCACUUUUGUUUAAUUUUUUUUUAAAUGUUCAUUGCAACAUUAUAAUUAAUAUAUCUCGUGGAUUUGUCA